UUUUCCUUCUAGACACUGCAAAACGAACUGCAGUAUUUGGGGACCAUGGCUACAGACCCACUGUCAGAACUUCAGGAUGACCUGAAUUUGGAUGAUACCAACCAGUCCCUCAACCAGCUCAAACUGGCCUCCAUAGAUGAUAAAGACUGGCCAUCGGAUGAAGUCCCUGUUUUUCCCAAAUCAGAGGACUCCAAAGCCUCCCCUGAGCCUGUCACUCAUCUGCGGUGGGAUGAUCCCUACUAUGAUAUCGCCAGGCACCACAUCGUGGAAGUAGCAGACCAGGGUGCACUUGAUGGGGCUCAACCAGGUGAUGACAAGUAUGGACGGAAAGUCAUUUUAUUCAGUGCCUGCCGGAUGCCCCCAAGUCAUCAACUUGAUCAUGUGAAACUGCUGGGGUACCUGAAGUUCACACUGGAUCAGUAUGUGGAGAGUGAUUACACACUGGUGUAUCUGCACCAUGGCCUGACCAGUGAGAACAAGCCAUCCCUGGGCUGGCUGCGCGAUGCCUACCGGGAAUUCGAUCGCAAGUACAAGAAGAACAUCAAAGCAUUGUAUAUUGUACACCCAACUAUGUUCAUCAAGACCCUGCUGAUUCUCUUCAAACCCCUGAUCAGCUUUAAGUUUGGACGAAAGAUUUUUUACGUGAACUUUCUUAGUGAACUGGAGGAGUACGUGAAGCUGGAGCAAUUGGGAAUCCCAAGCCAAGUGCUGAAAUAUGAUGAAUAUCUGAGAUCCCUGCAGAAGCCCUCCCAAGUGCCACAGAAGCCAAUACCCCCACGCCCGCCGCUGCCAAACCAGCAGUUUGGAGUCUCACUUCAGCAUCUGCGGGAGAAGAGCCCCGAUCAGUCGGCUGUUCCUCUGGUGGUCAGGGAGACCAUUGCCCAUUUGCAGGAGCACGCUCUUGCAACAGAGGGGGUUUUCCGAAGAUCAGCAAAUACACAGGUUGUCAGGGACGUCCAGCAAAAAUACAACAUGGGUUUAUCAGUGGAUUUCCAGCAGUAUGAAGACAUCCACCUCCCUGCUGUGAUCCUCAAGACCUUCUUGAGGGAGCUACCUGAGCCCCUCCUCACUUUUGACCUCUACAGCCAUGUUGUCAGCUUCCAAACUGUGGAGGAGGUGAAUCGUGUGGAUGUUGUUCGCAAAAUCCUCCAGACUCUUCCAGAAGAAAACUACCAAGUGCUUCGUUUCUUGACAGCCUUUCUGGUGCAGGUCUCUGCUCACAGUGACCAAAACAAGAUGACAAACACCAACCUAGCGGUUGUUUUUGGCCCAAAUCUGCUGUGGGCCAAAGAUGUAGCCAUUACCCUCAAAGCCAUCAACCCCAUCAACACCUUUACGAAGUUCUUACUGGACAACCAGAAGGAGCUGUUUGAGGAUGUGGAGGCCUAAGCCCAGGCUGGCCCACACAAGCACACUGUGCCCACCUUCCUUCCCA